UAUUCUCUCUCUUCAUAACAACGCAUUACCUUAGCUACCUCUAUAAAACAAAACCUCUUUCAUUUGCAUCACAUCUCAUAAUCUCAUUCUUGUGAAGAUGGCAACAUCAGCAUCCGCAUAUGAGAAUGAUAUCAAGAACCUUAAGGCAACAGAACUCACAUUGGGUUUGCCAGGGACUCAUCUUCAACAGAAUGUUCCUAUUAUUGAUCAAGAAAAAUCAUCAGCAUCAUCUUCAUCAAACAAGAGGCCAUUGCAAUUGCCUCAUGAAGAAACUUCUCCUGCUCAGGACUGUGGAUCUAAGUGCUCUAAUAUUGCUAAGAACACUGAUGAUGAUGCUGCACCCCCUCCUUCCAAGGCAAAGAUAGUGGGGUGGCCACCAAUUAGAUCAUACAGGAAGAACAGCCUUCAGGAACAAUCUGAGGCUGCAGGUGGGAUCUAUGUGAAGGUGAGCAUGGAUGGAGCACCUUACCUCAGAAAGAUUGAUUUGAAGAUCUAUGGAGGCUAUCCACAACUCCUCAAAGCCCUUGAAAACAUGUUCAAGUUGACUAUAGGUGAGUACUCUGAAAAGGAAGGGUAUAAGGGAUCUGAUUAUGCACCAACAUAUGAAGACAAGGAUGGUGACUGGAUGCUAGUUGGAGAUGUUCCUUGGGACAUGUUUGUGACUUCGUGUAAGAGGCUAAGAAUCAUGAAAGGAUCUGAAGCCAGAGGUUUGGGUUGUGCUGUAUGAUCAGAAAAAAUCACAGAAGGAAGGUGUUUUUGGGUGUGAAGGGAAAUAGAAAGAAAAAAAGGCAUGGGUUUUUCAGCUUGGGUUCUCGGAAGUACUAAAAUGGUUUUUCAAUCACUAUCUUAGUGUAUGCUAUCAUAUCAUCGUAGCAUGCCUAUUCUCAGGAAGGUUUCAGGGGGAGAUUGACAACAAAUAUUACUUGUUUUUUUAUUUAUUUUUCUUUUUUUCGCAUCUAUGGUUAGAUGCAUGCUAUGCUUCUGUUUAUUUUUUAAACUAAACAAGUUUCAGUUGAGAAAUCUCAUGGAGAGAUUUGCUUCAAAUUAUAAUGAAACUUUGUUUACAAGAAGGAUAAUAGGAAGGAGAUGAUCAUAUGUAUUUGUUCAUCCAAGUUUUUUUUUUCUUUUUUGGUGUUUUUAUUAAUACAUGAAUACGUUAUUGUAAAAUACCAAGUAUUCUCAUUAUUGUAUAAAUUUUCAGUUAUUGAAACCGACACAAGAUUAAUUAUA